GCCGAAGCCAGGUGGGACGCGUUGACAGGCAAAAACUACAGUUGUCAGUGUCAGCAGAUCCUCUUCCCUCUGAAGUGAAGCCUGCAGACAGUAACGUGUUCAUCCUGCGUUCACAGGCAGGAUGAGUGUUGGGUUCAUAGGUGCAGGCCAGCUGGCACAUGCUCUGGUCAGAGGCUUCACAGCUGCAGGUGUGAUUGCGACCCACAGAAUUACAGCCAGUUCUCCAGACACUGAUCUUCCCUCAGCACAGCAGCUGCGGAAAAUGGGAGUGAGUUUGACCACCAGCAACAAGGAGACGGUGAGCAGAAGCGACGUGCUCUUCCUGGGCGUGAAGCCCCACAUCAUUCCUUUUGUGCUGGAUGAGAUCGGACCAGAUAUUGAAGACCGUCACCUCAUAGUGUCGUGUGCUGCCGGGGUCACCAUCAGCUCUAUAGAGAAGAAGCUGGAGCAGUAUCGCACUGCGCCGAAGGUGAUGCGCUGCAUGACCAACACGCCGGUGGUGGUGCGUGAGGGCGCCACGGUCUACGCCACCGGCACCCAUGCCCAGGUGGAGGACGGGAGGCUCCUGGAGCAGCUGAUGGCCAGCGUGGGCUACUGCAUCGAGGUGGAGGAGGACCUGAUCGACGCCGUGACCGGCCUGAGCGGCAGCGGCCCCGCUUACGCAUUCACAGCCGUAGACGCUCUGGCUGACGGUGGAGUGAAAAUGGGCCUGCCGAGGAGACUGGCUGUACGGCUCGGAGCUCAGGCCCUGCUGGGGGCGGCUCGGAUGCUGCUGGACUCGGAGCAGCACCCCGGGCAGCUCAAGGACAACGUGUGCUCACCAGGGGGCGCCACCAUCCACGCCCUGCAUGUGAUGGAGAGUGGGGGCUUCCGCAGCCUCCUCAUCAAUGCUGUGGAGGCCUCCUGUGUUCGGACCAGGGAACUUCAGUUUUUGGCCGACCAGGAGAAGAUUUCCCCUGCUGCCAUAAAGAAGACGACCCUGGACCAAGUGCUGCAGCAGCCGGGAGUGACUGCAGAGUCUGUGGGAGUCAGAUCUCACGGGAUCAGCCUCUUCAACCGAGGUCCCACCACCAAAAAGAACUGAACUUUUCUUUUUUCUUACAUUUGCAGGGAAAACCAGAAGCUUACUGUGAAUUGAAACAUCUCCAAUGUUUCUGUACUUUUUACCAAAACAAAAAUACUUUAUUUUUAUAAUAAGCUUUUUUUGUUGGGUCAGGUCAUACAAUGUUUCUUUAUUUUCUUCUUUUAUAUCAUUUUACGUGAGGGUUUUUCAAAAUGAGAGGAUGAGUCCUGUACAAAAGUGCAUCACAGUGUAAAGACACAGAGACAGACAACUACAAACAUCACAUUGACCUGUAGGUACAAAUUGGAGUCAGCAAUUAACGUUACAUGCAUGGAGUUUCCAGAGGAAACCAGGGCAGAAAUCAGAAACACAGAAUUACAAAAAUCAAGAAAAACAUUCAAAAAGUCAUUAAACUGCUCUUCUUCUGAAAUUAUAUAACGUUGAAAAAAAAAAUCACACGAUGUAAGUAAGUGAAAAGAGAAAGAGCACUGUUAUUUAGAAACCUUGGACAGAUG